AUGAAAUUGGCUUUAGAAGCCAAGAAUAAGUUUGGUUUUAUUGAUGGUAAAUGUGAAAGAUCCACUGAGGAUCAUGUGCUUGUUAGUCAGUGGGAUAGGUGUAACUUUGAGGUGUUAACUUGGCUUUUGAAUUUUGUGUCUGAGGAACUAUUUUUGGGUCAAGUGUUUUCUAAAUAUGCUUCAGAGGUUUGGGAGGACUUAAAGGAAACCUAUGACAAGAUAGAUGGUUCUGUGGUUUAUGAUUUGUAUAAAAAGAUAAACUGUAUUUCUCAAAAUGGUUCUAUUGUGGCUGAUUAUUAUAAUAGGUUAACUACUAUGUGGAAACAGUUUGAUGCCAUGCUUAAACUGCCCACAUGUUCUUGUAAAGCAGCUAAAGAUUAUAAUGACUUUUCAAUGUUAAUCAAACUAAUGCAAUUUCUCAUGGGGUUAGAUGAUGUUUAUCAACCAGUAAGAACUAAUUUGUUAACCAGAGAAGAAUUUCCAUCUGUCAAGGUUGCCUUUUCUGUGGUUUCUAGGGAGGAAUCACAUAGAUUGUCUAGUAGUGGGUCAAAAGGUUUUAAGAAAAGAACUAACACCAUAUCUGGUAAAAACACACUUACUAGUAAGUCUAAUGCUGCUGUUGGAUCAUCUGCUAGUGUGUCUACUUCUGGUUUGCCUUUUACAUCUGAACAGAUAGCAAAGUUGUUAAGUUUAGUUGGUGAGAAAUCUGGUGUGGAGUCAUCAAAUGUAGGAGGUGAGUCCUUUACUACUAAUAGUUUUGUUAGUUGUUCUAGUUCUAUAUUCUUUGGAGGUAUCUUUAGUUGGAUAGUUGAUUCUGGGGCUAGUCAACACAUGGUUAAUAGUGAUAAAGAAAUGUUUAAUACUAUUGAUGUUUCUGAAUUUGAUCUUAAAGUUGGUCACCCAAAUGGUACUAAUGUUAAAGUUUUAAAAAUUGGUAAUAUCAAGUUAAUGGAUAAUAUCAUUUUAAAAGAUGUGUUUUAUGUCUUAGGGUAUAAUGUUAAUUUGUUGUCUAUUCAUAGUUUACAUAAAGAUAAUAAUAUUGAUGUUGUGUUUAAUGAGAAUAGUUGUAUAUUACAGGAUUCCAAAUCAAGGAAAAUCCUAGUGACUGGUAGUCAAGAUAGUGGUCUGUAUUUUGUUGGUAAUAAUGGUAAUUCUGUGAAUGUUUGCUUUAAUAGUUUUGUUAAGUCAAGUCUGUGGCAUAGUAGAUUAGGUCACCCUUCUGAUCAAGUGCUAGCUGUGUUAAAAGAGAAUUUUGAUGUUAAGAGUAUUGAACAUGGUCCCUGUGAUGUUUGUCACAGGGCUAAACAGGUUAGAGUUCCUUUUCCAUUAAAUAAACAUAAAACUAAAUCUAUUGAUGAUUUUUCUAGAACAAUUUGGUGUUACUUGUUGUCAAAUAAAACUGAGGUGUUUGAAAAUCUGUAUAACUUUUAUGAACUUAUCCUAACUCAAUUUGAGAAAAAGAUAAAAUUAAUUAGAAGUGAUAAUGGGACGGAAUUUGUAAACAACCAAAUGGGAUUAUUUUGUAAAAAUAAAGUUCCUACGGUUCCCAAUGAUGAAGAGGGUACAACUGGUGCUCAAGAUCACUACAGUGAUGAUCAGCAGCCAUUGUCACCCUCUACAUCUACCACUGUCCCUAAUGUUGAGAAUGUUCAACCUGAAAGUGGACAGUCAGGCAGUAGUUAUCCGGGUAACAGUUGCGGGGCAGAGGACAUUGUAGGAUCACAUGAUGAGACCAACCCAUCUGAGGGACAAUCUGUUAGGAGAUCUUCUAGAAAUGUGUCUUUUCCAAAAAGAAUUAAUGAAUUUGUUGUUGAAGGAAAGGUUAAGUAUGGUAUUGAAAAAGUUGUUAGCUAUGCUAAUUUGUCUGUUGCUAACUUCUGUUUGAUUGCUUCAUUGAAUAAGUCUGUUGAACCUAGUACAUAUAAUGAGGCCAUUAAAGACACUAAAUGGAUAGAAGCUAUGAAUAGUGAAAUGGAGGCACUUUAUAGAAAUAAUACUUAG